AUGUCCGCACAGUCGGGCAUCCGCGUUCCCACCGCCGUCACCGAGGCCUUCUCUGCCGCGCAGCGCGACGCAGAGUCGACCCGUGCUGUCGUGUUCAUGAUCGAUGGCGAGGCCUUCAAGCAUGUCACCUCGAUCCCGCCCAAGGGGAGCUUCUCGGACGACAUUGCACUCCUUCCUGACACGCUGCCGGACAAGAAGACGCCCGCAUCAUUCGCGUACCGCCUCGACUCAAAGUCGCUCGGUGCCUACGAGUGGAUGAUGGUGACCUUUGUGCCUGACAACGCCGGCGUGCGCGCCAAGAUGCUCCAGGCGUCGUCGCGUGCUGGGCUCAUGAAAUCCCUCGGUGCCAAUAACUUCAAGCACGACUGGUUUGCGACCUCGACCUCCGACCUCUCCCCUCACGCUUUCAAGAGCCAUCUGAACCACAUGGCGUCGCCUCCGCCGCUCACUGCGUCCGAGGCAGCGCUUGCGGAGAUCAAAGCCGCCGAGGCUGAGGAGGCGCGCCGCACCGCAGUCGACGGCGAGGUCCACAAGGCGCGCGUCAAGGCUGUCAUCGGCCUCAGCGGCAAGACCAAGUGGCAGGCGGGCGUCCACGAGGCGCUGAGCAAGGCUGCCGAGCGCUCCGACGACGGCUGGAUCGUUACGCUUGAGAUUGACGCGAAGGACACGGCGGCCAUCAACCUCCUCCGCUCGGAGGCAUGCAAGCCCAACGAGGUCGCCUCCAAGAUGCCCGACAAGUCGCCCGCAUACGUUUUCUACUCAUUCCCCACGUCCCCGCCCCCCAAGCCUGUUCGCCCAACUGCGACGCCCUCGGCACCCGCCGCUUCGCGCGACACGUUCCAGGCAACAGCUGGCGGCGUCCGCAACGUCAUGCACAGCGACGCACCCCGCUACGAUGCGGAAGAGAAGGAGGGCGAGGACAAGGAAGAGAACGGCAAAGAUGAUGUUCCAGACAUCACCGGCCUGAAGAUCGCGGACGAGCCAAAGGCUGCGUCGCCGCCCCGCUCGCCGUCACCCGAGCAGCCGUCUAAGGGUCGCGUCGUCUUCAUCUACUGGUGCCCAACCGGCAGCCCGGUCAAGUACCGCAUGGUGUACUCGACCACCGUGCGCGGGAUCCAGCAGGACGCUCAGGACAAGGUCGGCAUGGAAGUCGUCGGCAAGCUCGAGACUAGCGACAAGAGCGACCUGACGGACUCGUCCAUCCGUGACGCCGUACCCGCAAAGAAGUCGGCAAGCCUGAACACUGGUGCGCCCCGCAUGUUCGGUGCACCUGCCCCAGCAGGCCGCUUCGGUGCCCCUGCGCCCGCAAACGCUGGCUUCAACCGGCCUUCUUCGGUGCCCAAACCCUCCUCGCCAGCCGUGUUCGGUGCGCCGGCUACGUUUGGUCAGCCGCGCCCCAUCCGCACCAGCUCCCAGAUGAGCCAGGGCUCCGGCAAUGCGUCGCCUGCUGCUGCAUCGCCGGCGCCCAACGACGACGAAGACGAGUCGGACAGCUCGGCUAGAAUCCAGAACGCGUUCAACGCCUUCGGGCCUCGCGUAGGCGGCGGCGGCAACGGUGGCGGUUUUGCGCGCCCUCGUGGUCCUGGCCGCAGGUAG